AUGUUUGGUCUUGACAAGAAGGAUAUGAAAGUCUUUAUAGAGCAAAAUAAUUCGAUAAUUAGAUGGGAAGAUGUAAAGGAAUCAAAUGAUGAAGAUAAUGCAAAGAGUGGUGAGAUGGUCGUUGAUUGUAAGGCUAUUAUGGGUUUCCAAUCAUUUCUUUUGUUCUCAACCUAUAAUAGCAAUCAAAUGAGGGAAAUCCAAAUCCAUGCCUAG